AUGGCCUCCAGAACACCUCUAACGGGCACACCACGCCUCAAGUCCUCGGUCGGCCCCGAGACUCCCGUCAAGGACGCGACUGGGACCACCGCGCCGCAAACAGAGCCGUUCCCACCACCGCAGACCUUUGAGAUCAUUCCACCACUACACGGGAUCCUGCUUCGCCUGCUGGCCCAGAAGAACACAGCAGGUGGUCCAGAAAAUACAACAGUACCUGCAGGGAAUGAGUCCACGCAGCCACAAUCGCAGCAGCCGUUAGACCCCAAGAACGGGACUGGGCCAUCUUCCCAGGCCGGACUCGACCUCACGACUCUCGAACCAAACGCUCAUCCACCCCUCGACGUCAAGGACCUUCCUACAGAAACCAGUUCUGUCAAAAUUCGGUUACAAAAGGCGCGCACAGUGGUGGAGGGACUGCCAGACGUGCAUCGGUCUGUUGCGGACCAGCAGCAAGAGAUUGAAGAGCUAGAGGACCGUGUGGCCCGGCUGCGCUCUGUCAUAUCCGAUUUUGGGAGCCGGGCAGGGAUGAAGGAAGCGGUCAAGAUGGAAUCCUAA